GCAGUUGGCGCUAGCUGAGGGAAAAAUGCAGAUCUUCGUGAAGACCCUGACGGGCAAGACCAUCACCCUUGAGGUCGAGCCCAGUGACACCAUUGAGAAUGUCAAGGCCAAGAUCCAAGACAAGGAAGGCAUCCCUCCUGAUCAGCAGAGGCUGAUUUUCGCUGGGAAGCAGCUGGAAGAUGGCCGUACCCUGUCUGACUACAACAUCCAGAAAGAAUCCACUCUGCACCUGGUGCUGCGCCCGGGGGGGAUGCAGAUCUUUGUCAAGACCCUGACUGGCAAGACCAUCACCCUUGAGGUCGAGCCCAGUGACACCAUUGAGAACGUCAAGGCCAAGAUCCAGGAUAAGGAAGGCAUCCCUCCUGACCAGCAGAGGCUGAUCUUUGCUGGCAAGCAGCUGGAAGAUGGCCGUACCCUCUCUGACUACAACAUCCAGAAGGAGUCAACUCUGCACCUUGUCCUGCGCCUGCGGGGUGGUAACUGAACCAGCAGGUUGUUGCUUCCAAAUAAAAGGUUCCCUGCACUUGUUCAUUCCAAUAAAGCUGUUGCAUCCGUGAAA